AUGGCUCAGUGGACAGCUGAUCGCUGGAAUGAGUACGGUUUCACGGCAGGGUUGGUGUCAUACUUGGACGUCUACCUGAAUUACCCAGUGUCACAUUCAUUGACCGUAUCAUUCGCCAACGGGUCAACUUUCGAACCGCUGCCUGAGGAGGAAGUAUUGACAGAGGACGAGACCACUUCUUAUCCGAACAGAGUGCCUACUUUCCGUGGCUACUUUUUCACUGGCGAUGCUGAAGCGGAGUACGUCUACGUCGGACGCGGGCAGAAAGUCGACUUCGAACGUCUGAAGACCUUGGGCGUGCAACUGAAAGGCAAAAUUGCACUAGCGCGCUAUGGCGGUCCAUUCCGCGGACUCAAAGUCAAGAAUGCCCAAGAGUAUGGUAUGGUGGGUUGUAUCAUCUUUACAGACACCGCUGACGAUGGAAACAUCACGGAGGCGAAUGGUUAUGCAGCCUAUCCAGAUGGACCAGCACGAAAUCCUACCUCAGUGCAGCGCAGAAGCGUCGAGUUUCUCUCCACUUAUCUUGGUGAUCCCGAAACCCCAGGCUACCCAUCCAAGCUCGACUCUCCGCGGUCAGACAGAUCUGUAGUGACACCUCAGAUACCGUCUCUGCCAAUUUCGUGGAAAGAUGCGCAACCCCUUAUUCAAGCUCUUGAUGGGUACGGGCCAGACGGCAAGACAAUAAACCGCACCAAUUGGAUCGGGAAGCUCAAUGCGACUUAUUCGAGCGGACCUGCUCCAGGAACUACUAUCUCUAUGUCUAACGUCAUGCGAGAUGAGAUCACUUGGAUCUGGGACAGUAUUGGUAUCAUCAAUGGCACUAAUGAAGACGAAGUCAUUAUCCUCGGCAAUCACCGCGACGCCUGGAUCGUUGGUGGUGCAUCUGAUCCCAACUCCGGCUCUGCUGUAUUGAUAGAGAUGGCUAAAGCAUUUGGGGCACUGCUGAAGACUGGCUGGAAACCCAAGCGUACAAUUGUCUUUGCUUCCUGGGACGCAGAGGAGUACGGAUUGCUUGGCUCCACCGAAUGGGUGGAAGAGUACAUCCCCUGGCUGAAGGAGUCGGCGGUGGCUUAUCUCAAUCUUGACGGUGCCGCUUCCGGUCUAAAUCCAGAUCUGUCUGCUUCGCCCGAACUCCACAAGAUUGCGACAGAAACCAUGAAGAAGUACGAUGUGUGGUAUGGCUUGAGCAAGGGCAAAGUCGGCGUGCUUGGACCGGGCAGCGACUAUACUGCCUUUGUGCACAAUGGCAUUGCUUCUUUGGAUACGGGCUGCGGUAGGGGAGCCAGCGAUCCCGUUUAUCAUUACCACUCAAAUUACGACAGCUUCCACUGGAUGACCACUUAUGGUGAUCCUGACUUCCUUGCGCAUAAGGCUGUCGGGCAAGACUUGUCCUUGCUGGUGUAUCAUCUCGCGAACGACGACAUCAUCCCUUUCGACGUUGAGAACUACGGCGUGCAGAUGAGCCGAUAUUUGAUCGAACUCAUCGAGUUCGUUGAGUCGGAGAAUGCCACAACCAUGGUUGACCUCUCUCCGCUUGAGAUCGCCAUCUCAACUUUCAACAUUUCAGCUGAGGCUAUGACUUCUUUCAUCCAGGCUGCGUCGACGAAGGCUGAUAUCAAACUGGCCAACACAAACUAA